UUUUCAAGCCAAAUCACGCGAAAUAUGAAAACACGGGAAACGGUUCAUUUCCCCCAAAUUCGUCCUCUUUCUUGAGCAACCAAUCCUCCUCUUCCUUCCAUCAAUAACAACCACCAACUGCCUCCUAAGCCGCCGGACCCACACACCACCGGCACCUCAUCACCUCCCUCUACAACCUCCGACCAUUGCCUGCCCACCAGAUCACCGGAAACAGCGCCAAUUCCCAUCCAAAACCUCGAGAGCAGUCACGAUUUUUUCCCAGUUAGUUCCACAUCCGGCCACCCUCUCGAUCGUGGAGCACCACCACAACAUUACUCUCAACCAGGCGCAUCUAAUUCUACCAUGGGUCACCCUAAAUUUUGUCUAGAAUCGACUGAGCUUGUUGGAGCAGAAUCGGUUGAGCUUGUUGGGUAGCUCACAAUUGUAACCCUAUACAGCUUAAGGCUUUGGUUUGUUCUGGAAAGCAUCAAAAAAAGCUUUAAUUUAUUGUGGCUCUGAUUUCUCGUUCACUUUGAUGCAACAAACCAUGCAAGCAGGAGCUUCGCUUGAUCUUUAGUACCUUGAAUUGAUUUAUGAUUCUUGCGAACUAUGCGAGAUUGUGAGUUGCAACGGUGGAAUUCUCAAAGUACCGUAUUGUGUCAUUUCAUAGUUUUUGCUCAAUUCCUACUUCUCAGAAACUCUUAGGUCUGGUACAUGGCUGGGACUUCGUGGGGGCGUGGGCACAAAGGAGCCAAGCAUUCGCUGGAAAAUUUCUCCACUCUGAUUCUGUUCAAUUUCUUCUAAUAGCACCUGAAUUGAAGAAGCUUCUGAUCUGUUCUGUGAGAACCUUAAACCUCUCGGGAGUCUGUGUUUGCAUUUGUGUAAUGGGGGUUUUGAGGAGAUUCCAUGGAGCCUACAAUAGUAGAACUAUAAACCGUGCAAUCCCAUGCAUCCAAAGAAGAUUAUUGUCAGGUUCGAUUAGCAAAAUCAAUGGUGGGGGCUCGGUUUUGCCGGUCUUGAUCGUAGGUGCAGGCCCUGUUGGACUUGUGCUCUCCAUUCUUCUCACAAAACUAGGUGUAAAAUGUGCAGUUUUAGAGAAAAACAAGGCCUUUUCAAAACACCCUCAAGCUCAUUUUGUUAACAAUCGGUCAAUGGAGGUGUUCCGGAAAAUAAAUGGCUUGGCUGAUGAGAUUAUGAUGUCCCAACCUCCAGUGGAAUUUUGGAGGAAGUUCAUCUACUGCACUUCACUCACGGGUCCUAUUCUUGGUUCAGUUGAUCAUAUGCAACCUCAGGAUCUUGACCGAAUUGAGAGUCCUGUUUUUGUUGCACAUUUCUCACAGUACAAACUUAUCAGAUUGCUAAUUAAACAACUCGAGAACAUAGGCUUUCGGGUUGCAAGUGAAGAGUUGAGCCCCGAUGAUGUCCAGCUUGCAGAACAUAGGGUAUUACUGGGGCAUGAGUGCACAUCUUUCAACACAACUGAUCAUGGUGUAACUGUAACUACAUCUUUUCUUAGGGGAGGAAAGCAUAUGGAGAAAGAUUUCUACUGUGAUUUCCUUAUUGGUACAGAUGGUGCAGGAAGUACUGUUAGAAAGCUCAUGGGAAUAGACAUGAGCGGUGAGAAGAACUUGCAAAAUCUCAUCAGUAUCCAUUUUAUGAGCCAAGACCUCGGGCAGUAUCUGAUCAAUGACAGACCGGGCAUGCUGUUUUUUAUCUUCAAUACUGAAGCUAUCGGUGUUCUGGUCGCUCAUGAUCUGAAGCAAGGGGAAUUUGUGUUGCAGGUGCCUUUUUAUCCGCCCCAGCAAAGGCUUGAAGAUUUUAGCUUCAGGAUGUGCGAGAGAUUAAUCUUCAAAUUGGUUGGCCGAAAGCUUUUAGACAUAGAAGUGAUGGAUAUAAAGCCUUGGGUAAUGCAUGCUCAAGUUGCUGAUAGAUUUUCAUCGUGUAACAACAGAAUAAUACUUGCUGGCGAUGCUGCUCAUCGCUUUCCUCCUGCUGGUGGUUUCGGAAUGAAUACCGGUAUUCAGGACGCUCAUAACCUUGCCUGGAAGUUAGCUUCUGUAAUCAAUGGCAUUGCACGUCCAUCACUUCUUUCCACUUAUGAAAUGGAGCGUAAGCAGAUUGCCAGUUAUAAUACGGCACUUAGUCUCCAAAACUUUAAAGCAGCAAUGGCAGUGCCUGCUACUCUUGGUCUUGAUCCAGCCAUUGCAAAUGCAGUCCAUAAAACUAUAAACAAUACCGUUGGUUCAAUUCUGCCGUCUGAACUACAAAGUGCAUUUUUGGAUGGUAUUUUUAGCUUAGGCCGUGCACAACUCUCAGAGUCUCUUUUAAAUGAAAAGAAUCCUCUUGGAUCUAGAAGGCUUGCCAAACUGAGACAGAUAUUUGAAGAAGGAAAGAGCCUUCAACUCCAGUUCCCUGCCGAGGAUCUAGGUUUCAGGUAUCGUGAAGGAGCACUUGUAUCUGACAGCAAUAGUUUGUCAAGUGCAUCAGAAACGCCUACUGGACGGAGGAGGGAAUACAUUCCGUCCACGGACCCCGGAUCAAGACUGCCGCAUAUGAAAAUUAAGCUGGUAUCAGAACUGAAAAGAAGGGAGACUUUUUCCACACUUGACCUUGUAUCUAGUGACAAUGUUCAGUUUCUUCUGAUUAUUGCUCCAAUUGAAGAGUCCUACAAUCUAGCUCGAACUGCCUUUAAAGUGGUUGAGGAACUUAAAGUUCCUCUAAAGGUAGCUGUGAUAUGGCCAACCAUUGAUGGAAGUAGCAGAAGUGAAACAGCACUGUCACCUUGGAAGAAUUUUGUGGAUGCAGUUGAAGUUAAAAGUUCUUCAUCUUCACCAUCAUGGUGGGAUCUUUGUAGAAUGACAGAUAGAGGAGCCAUUUUAGUGAGACCUGAUGAGCACAUUGCUUGGCGUGCAAAGUCAGGAAUAAUGAAUGAUCCUAUUUAUGAGCUCAAAAAGGUUUUUCAUCUUGUACUUGGAUUGUAGUUGAGCUAUUUAGUUAGUUCAAUAUUUAUUUGCGCUAGUAGAUACAUUUUACGGAGAUACUAGAUUUAUAGGUGUUUUGAUACCAUUAUAAUAAGUUUUAACAUAUUCAUUAUUAUUUAUGUAUUUUCUUUUCUUUUGACGCUACACAGAAUUUUCUAUUGAUGCCUUCUCAUUCCA